AUGGGCUUUGCAAAAUCAAGAAGCCAUCUGAUCUGUAUGGACGUCAGUGUCCGUACAAGGCUGAGCUCACUGCUGUUGGCUGCUGCGUAUAUCGCUGUGGAGGCCGGGCAAGGCACCACUGCUGACUAUCAUUGGUCGAUGGAUGAUACGACAAUCGCCGACGAUAGCGAUCCAACAUCUCAUGCGCACGCGCACGGAUCCCCGUCAAUAGUGGACGGCAUUAUCGGUAGCGCCAUCUAUCUGAACGGACAUGAACAGCACCUCGAUCUUGUAGAAUUCCCCGGAACCUGUUUAACAUCCCCAACGAAUUUCAGUCAUGGUUUUUCACUCGCUGUCUGGAUCAAGCCGGGAAACAAAACCAGAGAGCGGAGCUUUCUGCUUUCUACGGGCGGGCAGACUCUGAUGUCACAAGGCUUCUACUUCGACUUCAAGCCGGAAGAAGGAUAUGAGAUAGGCGUUGCGGAUUGGUGGAGAGAAUGGAAAGUUACCUUUGACCUACGGGAAGGAUUGUGGGUACAUAUUUUAUUUACAUGGAGAACAGAUUUGGGGCUUACUCUGUAUGUGGAUGGGAACUUUGUGUCGUCAGAUAAAACGGGUGAUGCGAGACCAGGUGCGACGCAACCGCAGUACGACAUGUUCAAGACCUUCAGCGUUGGGAAGCCGAAUCACUUCGCGGAUGGAUAUGGACACGUCACCGUCGAUGAGCUGUUCUUCUGGAGCAAAGUGGUAGAUGCUGAAAAUCUAACCAUACAUGACCUGCUUUACCUGGGAUGUCACGAAAGAAGCUCUAAGAACGAUACGGAAAUCACCCAACAGCCAAUGAACGAGACCAACAUGGCCGUCACCAUUUGCCGACAGGCAUGUGGUAGGAGCGGUUACGUCAUGUCCCUGCUGACCAAUGGCACGAGUUGUUUCUGUACAUCGGACGCCAUGUUGAAUAUGACAUCAAAGGAAUGUUCGACGCCUUGUUCUGGUGACUUUUCCCAAAUAUGUGGUGGUAAAAACAAUGUCUACAGUGUUUAUCGCUCGUCUGGACUUGUUAUUCCCGAGAUGUCCAAUCCGGAGCCGAUUUCAGAGAUAGUCUACGAAAUGGAAAGUAGUUAUCCCUACGUCCUUGUAUCCGACCUUGUGCGCUUCAACUUCUCGGUAAGGUCAGGAAGUGACGUCACGUUCUACAUCCGGUUCGGUGACGACACAUUCGCAGAGGAAUCGAGCAACGGAGUUGUUCACCACGUUUUCAAGGAAGCGAAAACCUUCAUGGUUAACGCAACGGCAAUGAAUGAUAUUAGCACCGUUUGGAGGACAUUCUACGUCACAGUUGAAAUGCUGGAAACGCCGAUCCGCCAUGUUGAAGUUGUGGCUAUACCAGUGGAGCCCAGUCGGCCUCCAGAAAUUCAACCCUUCCUCGUGGGAGGACAAGACGCUACGUGCUGGCUUUCGUAUGGAGACGGGUUUGUUGUAGAAUUUGCCGCAAGGAAAAUAUCGAAUUUUACCAACACGCACGUUUUCCCUAAUGCUGGCGACUAUCGGGUGGAACUGAACUGCAGCAACCACCUCGGGUAUAUGACAGCACACACAAACGCCCUCUUGCAAGACCGAGUGGAAUUUCAACUGAUGACCGAGACAUUAGAUGUGGAGCACGGGGACUCAUUCAACGUUUCGUGUCUGGUUCUUAGUGGCACAAACUCAACGUUUUGGCUUGCGAUUGGAAACGACUCUACAGUGGCAUACAGAAACUUCAACCCAGAACUCGGAAAUCUGACCUUUGAACUUGGACAAGACCACUACGAUUGUCCGGGGACCUACGCCUUCGCUGUUUCUGCUUUCAAUCUUGUGACGCCUGUGUUGAGACAAAUUGGAACUGCAAACAUCUUAGAACGGAUAGACAAUCUAACAAUAUAUCCAGAAACUAUCUACGCUAGCCCUGGACAAAAUGUAACCCUACAGGUAAAAGUAUCGUCUGGAACUGACGUCCAUCUUGUUUGGGAUAUACAAGGAUCGCCCAUGUGGGUGCACGCCGCAGAGGAUGACGGAGGUGCUACGUCACUGGGUUACGUCACCUUCGCUCUUCCUAGUAUCGGAGAGUACGACGUGAGCUUGGAAGCAUUCAACAACCUCGGACAACAAAUGACCAGAGCACACGUGCUUGUAGAUAACGUUGUGCAAGGAUUGAGUCUGCGCAGCUCUAGUCCAGUUUCGAACCCACCGGGAGAAGUUGUGUACGAGAUUAUCCUUCCCAGUGAUGACUCAAUCCCAGGGUCGGCUACGGCGGUUUGUCAGAUCGCGUUCGGGGAUGGAACUGUCAGUGACGCCGAUCCCGUAAAUUUCACUGCCACGAACCUUUACGAAACCUCCCACGCUUAUAACCGAAGCGUUUUCGGACAUUUGAUUGCCCGCGCAAAUUGCUCAAACGCAUUGAGCUUCCAAGUCUUCGAAACAAACGUCUACGUUUACGAGCCAAUUUCGAUUAACAACAUUCUUGCCUCCUAUUGGGUUGUGGAUGGGGAGUUUGAGAAACCUGCGUACGGACUUGAGAGGAAGCUACUUCCGGUAGAAGAGCCAGUCAUCUUCACGGUGCAACUGGACACCGACGACGGCGACGUCACCACGCAGUGGUCAUUCGGCGACGGUCAAGAGAACGUCACGGCAUCGCUGAAGACGUCACAUCUAUUUAACCACGUCGGAACGUACCACAUCAUAGCCAACGUCAGCAACCCCAUCAGCCGGGACACGGUAUCGACUUCCAUUGAGCUUCAAAAAAGUAUAAAAUUCCGCUCUUUCACUGCACUUGGAGAAAGGAGUACGGGUACUGUUUUAAACUUCACUCUUGAUAUUCUAGAGUUCGGGCUAGAACAUUGCAUCCUGUGGGACUUUGGUGACGGAUCCAACAAGUAUCUUUACGGAGUAUCAGCUUGUCAAGGGAAAGAUGAAUACAAUGACACCGAUGUGAUAUUCGUGGAGUCGCACGACUAUAGUAUAAACAUGACUCACUCGUACGACACUGAAGCUGGCUAUGUCGCCACAGCCGAGGGCGUCAACAUGGUGUCACGCGUUGUAGCCGAGAUCAAACUUUACAUCACGACGCGCCCCCUAACGUGCAGUUUCCCACACGUGCGGAUGAAGUUUGGACGUUACCCGACCUCCCCUGUUGUCCGAAUGAGAUCUUCAAACCUAAAGGCCGAAGCAAACGUCGUUGUACGAUGCGAGGUGACAAGAUUGGCAAACUUUACAUGGACCGUAAACAGAGUUGUCAACGUCGCUGACGCUAAAACUGGUUUGAUCGAGCCACAACUGGAAUUCGUAUCGAGUUGGGAAUCGCCCACACCGCAGAGAAUUUUCCCCGCAAGAUCACUACAGUACGGACUGUACCGAAUAACGCUGACUGUCGCGAUGCGUGGUGUGCCCGGGAUGGUUGGUGAGGACAGUAUGUUUGUGGAGAUAGAGAGGUCGCCAUUGGUGGUUUCCAUCAGGGGCGGCAGUUCAAGAGCUGUGGGCUUCAACAAGACAUUAGAGAUCGACGGGGUAACAGAGACCUACGAUCCUGACGUUGGAAACACUCAGGACAAAAGCGGACUUCAGUACGUCUGGUUCUGUCGCCGUGGACAUGAGAAAUUCCCGAUGACGGGGGAUGAGCUUGACACCACGGUUCGAACUACCCCAUCAGAUGACCAGCUGCAGAUGAUUCUAGAAGAUAGGACCCUUGACAAUGGCGGAUGCUUUGGAACAGGACCAGGGCGGUUGAAUGUUUCCGCUGGUGUCAUGACCUUGAACACCUUCUGGUUCUUUGCGAACAUGACCUACGUCUUCCGCUUCCGGGUCACGAAGGGCGACCGAGUAGGCUGGUUCGAACAAGCUGUGUACAUCAGCCCGGGAGAUCCACCGGAACUUAUCAUCAGUUGCGAGAUCAACUGCAUGUCCAAGAUGAAUCCAUCACGUGAUUUUCAGCUGACUAGCACGUGCUUGACAUGUGUCCACGGUCUGACUGCCUACUACACCUGGCAGCUCUUCUAUCUACAGAAAGACACCGAAGUCGUUACAGAAAUACCCGAUCUCAAUAAGAUGACAUACAAAGGAACGACCGGUCCGUCCUUGGUGCUGAAAGGAGGAUCGCUGGUUGGCGGGAGGUGGUACCGUUUCCGUCUGUCAGGGAAACAGCGGGGAUACGAGGCGGGGUUCACAGAGUACGAGUUCUCUACCAAUCUGCCGCCAUACGGAGGGUCAUGUGACGUCACGCCAAAAACAGGAUACGCCCUGGCCACGCCCUUUCAAAUCGAGUGCAAGAACUGGCGGGACGAGAGUGACAGACUCUCGCGAGAUGCAGCAAAGGAUCACGGAAAGGGACUUUUCUACGAAUUCAAAUCCCGCCAUUUUGGCGCCAUAGAAUUUGCGUUGAUCCACUACGGACUUCAGCAGUCUUUCACUCCUCUAACACCAUUUGAGCUCGGCCCAAAGAAGGACAACUACACGUACAAUGUCGUGGUGACCAUAACCGAUGUAACAGGCGAAUCCACAGAUGUUAUCAUUCCAGUAAAGGUUUACCCCGAACCCAUCGCGAACCUGACCUCCACCCUACAAGAGGUAGUCGGCGGUGCGGAGCUGGAGUCCAUGCUGCAGUCCCGGAACAUCCAGGCCGCUACACAACUCAUCGUCAGCGUCGCCUCACUCCUCAACAACGGCGGAGAUGACGCUGUAGUGGUUGAAAAGGCGGAGAAGGAAAUUGACCAGUUAGAGACAGGAGACGACAACGAGGAAAUUGAGGACGAAGAGGAAGAAGGGCCCACGGAGACUUUAAUAACAACUGAAAACGCAACAACCCUUGAUAUCACCACACUGGCACCCACUGCACUCACUGGUGUCGCCAUAACUGCCACAGUGGUACAGACAACAUCAACUGUUCGUGUCACCACCGAAAAAAAGACAGAAGACGAACUGGCUCGAGAACGAGAACUGGAAGAGGAGCAGACGAGGCGACAGGAAGAGGAGGAGGCCCAGUUAAAAACAAAGAGGGUUGAAAUGAGAAGCAGCUUGGUGCAGAAACUGUCUGACUCCUCGAAGAGCAUGGGCGGAGUUCAGGACCUCGGGGCCGUGCAGCAGUACGCAACGGCCAUGAAGGCUGUCACUCAACGGACUGACGAGGUCAACGAAGGCUCACAGCUGACUGGAGUGGACAUCUUGACGGAUAUGGUCAGCGCCUUGUCCAACUUUGCUACGGAGGACGAAACUGACACAGAUGACGUCAGAAACGCAGCCAAUGAUUUGAUAGGAGGACUUGGCAACGUCUUACAAGCAUCCGUCCUGCCAGUAGAAGGUAUCAUAUUGGAACCACAACAACUUGGAGUAAACGAAGACACAGGGGAAGGGGAGGCGGAUACAUCCCUUGAAAGUAAGCCACAAGACGACAAAGCAGAGACCAGUGAAGAAGAACUACAAGGGGAGCAAGAGGCCUUAGAGGAAGAGAACGUUGAAGAAGUUAUCAGGAAACGUCGUACGGCUAAAAAGGUAUCUCAGCAAGCCUUGGCCGCUGUAGAAAACGUUGCCAGUACUCUGUUCAAGCGGGUCCUGCCAGGAGCGCCCCCUGUACAGCUGAAGUCCCCGACUUUGGAAAUGCAGCUGCAGCGAGACGAGCCGUACGCCGUGACGAACAGGAGCAUGCGCACUAUCAGCGGGAACUUCUUCCUACCCGAGCAAGACGUCAUGUUCGCCGACAUGAACACAACGGGCGUUCUUGUGGAUUCCAAGGUGUUGGCCAUGCCGAAGAACCCGUUCAGUUAUGUGGACAGCGCGGCGCUCGUCAAGUCGCCAGUCCUGUCGCUGGAGUUCCGCACACAGAACGGCACCGAGCUGGUGAUACAAGACCUGCGGGACGAGGUGGCGAUCGAGCUGAGCAACCCGAGUGAUGUUACGCCCCAGUUCACAGAGUUGACGUUCCCAUGGCUGAAGAUCUUCAGCGUGACGUUCCGGGUACCGACAGACAACAGCUCCGUGCACGUUCUCGUCUAUCCCGAAGACCCCACCGUAACGCUGGCGGUGUACCUACGGCGCGGCGGCAAGGCGACCCCGUGGGACUUCGACUUUCGUGCGAUCAUACCCCGUCUGACAGACACCCACGAGAACAAAACGAAUGUUUGGGCCGUGGACGACACCACAGCAGCCGACAUGCUGCAGACAUGGCAGAGCGUGGGUGACGAGGCGGCUGAUGAGCUGUCCCACACCCUGUUCAUCCCAGACACCUCACAGCUGCAGAAGGGAACCUACUACCUAGGCUUACAAGCAAGAGUUCCGCCGGAAGAAGACCCUCAAGAUUCAAACCUAACGGUCCGUGUGGCAACUUUCACGUCAGGGUGUAGGUACUGGGACACUCAAACGGAAAUGUGGCGGCAAACCGGCUGCAGGGUCAGCCCAUUGUCCACGAUGGGAAGAACGAAGUGUCUAUGCACGCAUCUGACAUCAUUCGGGAGUGACUUCGUCGUACCCCCGAACACCAUCGACUUUUCUACGGUGUUCUCAAAGUUCGCAUCCCUGAGUGACAACGCGCCGGUCUUCUCUACCGUACUCUCCAUCAUCGGACUGUACUUCAUUGUCGUCGGGCUUGCUAGGAGGGCCGACCGGAAAGACAUCGUAAAGUGGGGAGUAUCGCCACUCGUCGACAACGACAUCCGCCACUCGUACCACUACCAACUGGCAGUCUAUACGGGCAUGCGCAAGGACGCGGGGACGCGCUCCAAUAUAGGAUUCGUCCUGUCGAGUGAAAAGGGUGACACCGGUACCAGGAGACUGGACGACAAGGGAAAGAAGGUUUUUGAUCGCGGCAGUGUCAACAACUUUCUCUUGAGCGUCCCUCGUUGCCUAGGCAACCUGCAGUACCUCCGCAUCUGGCAUGACAACUCUGGCAAAGGCCGCAAUGCAUCAUGGUUCCUCGACAAGAUCAUCAUCACAGAUCUGCAAACCGAGAAGCGGACGUACUUUCUAUGUGGCCAGUGGCUGGCUGUGGAGGAGGGGGAUGGAGUGGUGGAGCGCCUCCUACCGGCGGCGGGAGAGGAGGACGUACUGCAGUUCCAGAACCUCUUCGUCUCCAACUCUCGCAAGAACAUGACCGACGGGCAUCUGUGGAUGUCGGUUCUGUCCCGCCCCACCCGGAGUACGUUCACCCGUGUGCAGCGGGCGUCCUGCUGCCUUCUCCUGCUCUUCACCAGUAUGAUCACCAGCUGCAUGUUUUACCAGGCACCGUUGGACCCGGACGCACCUGGGCUACACCUCGGACUUUUCUCCAUUACUUAUCAAGAGCUGUCCAUCAGUAUACAGAGCACUCUCGUCGUACUACCGGUCAACCUUCUUGUGGUGAACAUCUUCCGUAAACUCCGAGCCAAAGAGCAGGUAGCUCCAAGCAAAGGGAAUUAUGGCAAAAACAUCAAAGCAACAAGCUCGUCAUCAUUGACGAAAGGAGGCACCAAAAAGACGUCCUACGACGAGGUAGAAAACGAUGAGCAGCCUUCGAAUGAAACAGAAAAUAAGCAAAGGGUAGUUGCAAAAGAUGUGAGAUCGCCGCACAAAGUUUCUCCAGCUAUGAGCAUUGCUACAAGAGAACAAGAUUCCCGGAAGUGUCUUAACCAUCAACCAACAGGGGAAGAGAAAGAAGUCAGUGACUUACAAAAGACAAAUCGUCGCCAGUCUUUGGCCCCAUUGGUAGAUACAAAUGGAGAACCGUUAGGACAAAAGACUGAUAAAAGUUCAGAAACUGAAGCGUCGACACCAGGUAAUGAUGUUGCACAGCAAGUAAGGACUCUACAUGCUAGACAAACGAAGACACUCAGGAAUCGACGGUCAAGAGACACGUUUGCCACUCCCAAUGAACGACAAGACUGCGUUUCCAUGGGUUCUACUGCACCAUCAGAAGGUGUGCACGGUGGUCACAGAGGUUUCAAAGAGAAACGUUCCGUGCAAUGUGCUUGCACACAAAGAAUCCAAGACAACCCACUUAAGCCUGAGCCUAUUUCUACAGGAAAGCGUGGACGAGCCCUUAAACGUACGUCAUCCAUACCAAGGUCAAAGCAAAUCCUUCCCUAUGACAAGACUGAAGCCAGCAUGGAUAAAGCCAAGUCGGCAUCAACUGAGUUGCUGGACAAAUUUGACACCGCCGAAGGCAAAGAACUAAAACCUCUCUACGUACGCUUAGAGGAAAGCAUAGCCCGGUAUGAAGAGGCCAUAAGGUGUGAAGAACAGAACAACAAAUCAGAGAAGAAGAAGGCAAAACCUCAGACUAAAGAGAAGAAGCAAACAACAAAGAAAAAGAAGAAGCCGUUUCUGCUUCCACAUUGGUUCCUGUGGGUUGCCUACGUCAUUGUGUACGGAGGAGUUAUGCUGUCUGGGUUCUUUACCAUACUCUACUCGCUAGAGUGGGGGUACGAAAAGUCCACUCAGUGGCUGGUGACCUUCUUGAUGACGUUCUUCCAAGAUGCUUUGGUUGUACAACCAGUUAAAGUAUUAGUGAUGGCCGCUCUGGUGUCACUCAUAGUAAAGAAAUCAGACGAAGAAGAAACAGAAAAGGAGGACAACGACAACCAGCUGGGUGCGGACGAAGAACCGGAGGCAGAAGUUCCUGACACACAUAACCAAAAUGGACCACAUCUACAGCCCCUGAAGCAGGACCGACUCCGCUCAGCCCGUGAGGUCAGGAUAAAAGAACUUAAGGUGGAGGACGUGCUGAGGACCACGGCACUUCACCUGGCGUUCCUGUCUGUCAUCGUUAUCGUCUGCCUAUACAACAGGGGCAGCCAUGCGUACUAUCUGCACCGGUCUGUAACUAACACCUUCCUGGAGAACAGGCAGUUCAAAGAGAUACACACAGCGGACGGCUUGUGGAUGUGGGCGGAGGAGAUACUACUACCGAACCUGUACCCUGACGUCACCUACAGGAAUACCAGUGUGCCGUUACGUCACAGGAAGUUCGUUGGGACCUCUUUCCGAGUGGGAACAGUUCGACUUCGCCAGCUCAGAGUGAUUCCAAACCAGUGCACAAUACCUGUGGCGAUGAGAGCAACUGUACCGGAGUGCAACGUUGACUACUCCUGGACCAAUGAGGACACGCGUUCCAUGUCGCCAGGAUGGGUACAUCAAACAAAACUUAGUAACCAUAGCAACAACGUCAAUCAAGCCAAAACGACAAAGGCGGGCGACCUCAGGCCCUGGACGUAUGGAGACGCUGUCGAUUUGACUUCAGCAGCAUUCUAUGGUGAUGUACAUCUUUACAGGGGUGGUGGAUACGCUGUAAUCUUAAAGAACAACGCCAAAAAUGCCAAGACGCAAAUUUCUGGUCUAAAGAAAACUGGCUGGCUUGACAAGUACACAAGAGCUGUGUUUGUCGAGUUUUCACUCUACAGUCCGUCAUCCAGUCUCUUCAUCGCGGUAACGGUUGUCAUAGAGUUUACAACCGUUGGUGACGUCACUAAGCAUCCCAGAAUCCAAAGCGUCCGACUGCAUGGUGUUGAUCCCGUGGUUAUCACGUGCAAGGCCUUGUACUGCAUGUUCGUGCUGUAUUUCAUUGGACGAGAGGGAAGGAGAAUUAGACGAAAGAGAAGGGAAUAUUUCAGAAGUUUUUGGAACUGCGUAGAGGUACCGUUCAUUGCAUUGGAGGUAUCGGCCAUCGUACUUUACGGAGUAAGAACGACUUUCAGUAACGACGCUUUGUACAUGUUAAAAGAAAGAGGGGGCUUUGUCAACUUCCAGUCUGCCGCGUGGUGGAACGAUGUCUACAGUUACGUCAUUUCCUGUUUGGUGUUCGCCUCCAUAGUCAAGUUCCUGACGCUCUUGCGCUUUAACGGACGGAUGGCCAUGCUCUCCUACGUCAUCAGACGGGCGACCAAUGAGCUUGUCCAAUUCACCGUCAUGUUUUUCGUCAUCUUCUUGGCGUAUUGUCAGGUUACCUACCUCCUGCUUGGGACGGUCCUUGCAGGCUUUGGGACUUUUCAGGUACGUUAAGAACUAUUUCCUUUCUUACAAUUAGUUGGUAACUGGGAGACCCAUACUGUACUCUUGAGAAGGGCAUCUCUGU